AGCAGCUUAUGGCUUAUGGGCAGUCCCAGCAUGUUAGAUCGACCUUCUCUUUUGUCUCCCUGCUAGUCUGCUACUAGUACUACUACCUUUCUCUUUGUUGACUCCUCGAAUCUCUCUAAUUUCUUCUUUCUUUUUUCAAAAAUUCCCCCUUUUUUUUUUUUUUUCCUUUUUCUUUCUUUUUUUCACUAUUUGAAUGUUAAAACCGCGUACUUUUGUUUUGAUCUCUAACAAUUUUAACAGCUUGAUUUAAUGGAUUGGAUAUGCAUCAAUACGAGAUAAUUCAUUACGGAGAAAGAAAUGAGUGAUCAAUCAUUGAUACUUGGUAUCUCAAUCGGGGUAGUGAUUGGUGUUUUUCUGGCGAUUCUUGCCCUGUAUUGUAUUAGAUACCAGAGAAAACGAGCACAGAUUGAUAAUAGUAGCUCAAGGAGAUCGUCAACACUUCCUAUCCGCACGAAUGGCGUAGAAACUUGUACGGAGUUAUCAGAUUCUACCCUUGGUGCUGAUUCUCCUAAACAUUUGAAGAAAAGCGCUAAUGGGAUGUCGUUUUGGUUCGAUGGUUUUAGGAAGAGUAAUGUCGUUUCUGCGUCUGGUAUUCUUGAAUUUCCUUACAGGGAUUUGCAGAAAGCAACUCAGAAUUUCACAACAUUGAUUGGCCAAGGCGCAUUCGGCCCAGUGUACAAAGCUCAGAUGUCAACUGGUGAAACAGUUGCUGUGAAGGUGCUAGCAACUGACUCAAAGCAAGGCGAAAGAGAAUUUGAAACAGAGGUUAAGCUACUAGGAAGGUUGCAUCAUCGAAACCUCAUGAAUUUAGUAGGGUAUUGUACAGAAAAGGGAAAGAAUAUGCUUAUAUAUGUCUACAUGAGCAACGGAAGUCUAGCUUCCCAUCUAUACGUUGACAAGAUGGAAACAUUGAGCUGGGAACGAAGGAUUCAUAUAGCUUUGGAUGUGGCUAGGGGUUUGGAGUAUCUUCAUGAUGGGGCAGUUCCUUCUAUAAUACAUCGGGACAUCAAAUCGUCCAACAUUUUGUUGGACCAGUCUAUGAAAGCCAGGGUGGCUGAUUUUGGGCUUUCGAGGGAAGAGGUAGUCGAUGGGCAGGCUUGCAAUCUGAAGGGGACUUUUGGAUAUCUUGAUCCCGAGUAUAUAUCAACUAGAAUUUUUACGAAAAAAAGUGAUGUCUACAGUUACGGAGUCUUGCUUUUUGAACUCAUUGCUGCAAGGAACCCUCUUCAAGGGCUAAUGGAAUAUGUGGAGCUGGCUGCUAUGAACACGGAGGGAGGAACCGGGUGGGAAGAAAUUGUUGAUGCACGCCUUGAUGGGAAGUUUGACAACGAAGAGCUAAACGAGGUGGCAACUCUCGCUUACAAAUGUGUAAACCGUGUACCUAAAAAACGCCCAUCUAUGAGAGACAUAGUUCAAGUACUGUCUCGGAUUCUAAAAUCCCGACAUGGUAAGAAGUUACAACCUCAAGGAACACCGUUAUCUCCAACGCCAGAAGAGUUGGUGAUUGAUAUUGAUCAAGCAGAAGUGCCGACUUCAGAGUCUCGACACAGGAGAGAAGAUUCUAUCGACAGUAUGGACACUGAUUUUUAAGCCCAUUUUCUAAUUAUAAUUUUGUUUGCGAUUUGUAAGCUCUUUCUGCGAUGUCGUAAGCGCAGCCUCAAGAUCGGCUGAGAAAUACAGUAAAUGUAGUCCUGAUUUUGUAGAGGUUUCGGGUACAGGCUUACAGCGUAAUUAUCAUUUUCUUGUUUCCUUUGCUUUCUAUAGAGCUCAUUGUAAAAAUCUUUUACUUGAAUAUGAUUCAGCCAGUGUAAAUCUACCCUUCUCAGUUUUCACUUGAACGAUUCGUCUUAAAUUUAGUAACGUCUUUGUGUACC